CAAUCCGUCAUUUUGCAUCGUUUCUCCCUAUUUUACGGUAUAUACAGAGAAUCACUAAAGUCGUCUCAAUAUGAGCCAGAAAGACGACAGCGUCUCGAUAUCCGGCAGCGAAGUAGCUCGGCACAACACCAAAGACUCGUGCUGGCUAGCGGUUCGGGGGAGGGUGUACGACGUGACCAACUUCCUUGAUGAACAUCCUGGUGGCGCCCGUGUGAUUCUUAAUUGCGCAGGUCGCGAUGCAACAGAUGAAUACGACGCUAUACAUCCGGCAGAACUAAUCGAGGAGACACUUCCCUCAUCAGCUUUCCAAGGCGCCGUGGAUCCAUCGACACUCAGUAAUCGAAAUUUGCCGAAACCAGCUCAGCAAGAUCCAACCAAGACAUCUGCAUCCGCUGGACCUCCCCCGUUGAGCACAUUGCUCAAUCUUCGAGACUUUGAACAAAUAGCCGAAAAAUAUCUACCCGCUAAUGCAUGGGCAUACUAUACAGCUGGUGCGGACGAUGAGUACUCCAAGGCCGAAGCAGAGCUAGCGUACCGCAAAGUCUUACUACGACCACGAAUCCUUCGAAAUGUCGGCAACAUUGACACGAGCACCAAGAUUCUAGGCUGCGAUGUCUCAUUACCGGUGUAUAUGUCAGCGGUAGGAAUCGCCAAGUUUGCUCAUCCACAGGGGGAAUGCACACUCGCUGCGGUGGCAGGGCGUGAAGGAUUAGCGCAGCUGGUGGCGACAAGAUCGAGCAUGUCGCUUCAGUCAAUUAUGCAGGCGCGCACGGGUGGUGAUCAGCAGCCUAUUUUCUUUCAGUUGUAUAUGCAUAAAUAUCAAAAGAUUUCAGAGACGACAAUACUCAAGGCUGUCAAUUCUGGUAUAAAAGGGAUUUGGUUGACAGUAGAUUCGCCCGUGACUGGGAAGAGAGAGAGGGACGAACGGCUGAAAGCUGAGGUAGAUGUCGGAGAACAGAACAAGCAAUUAAGUGGCAAAAGCCAGCCGGUGCAAGGAAUCGCCAAGACACUGUCAAGCACCGUAUCACCUUAUCUUGACUGGAACACGAUCGCCUGGAUUCGAAGUCUGACCAGUCUUCCUCUUGUCAUCAAAGGAAUUCAAUGCGUCGAAGAUGCUGUGUUAGCCUACCAACACAACGUCGAUGGUAUCGUGCUGUCGAACCACGGCGGCCGCUCACAAGACACCGCACAGGCACCUCUCCUGACGCUCCUUGAAAUCAACAAAUACGCCCCUAUAAUCAUGAAGACCAAGAAGAUGCAAAUUUUUAUUGACGGUGGCAUCCGCAGGGGAACAGACGUCAUCAAAGCUCUUGCCCUUGGCGCUACGGCUGUUGGCUUAGGCCGACCAUUCUUAUACAGCAUGAGUGCUGGGUACGGCGAGGCGGGAACAAGACGGAUGAUAGAAAUCCUACGCGAAGAGAUCGAGAUGAAUAUGGCAUUGGCGGGGGCGACUAAAAUUUCCGAGCUGGAGAUGGGGAUGCUUAACACGGCACGAUUAGAAAGAGAUCUAACAACGUUAGCUCGAUUAUAAGUACACAUUGCAUCUAUGAAACUAAUUCCAUAAAAUUUAACACAUCAUAUACUUCAC